AUGGAGGUGUAUCGUUCUGAUCCGGUCCAGGAUACGUAUCAGGAACAUCAGCCUCUGAGCCAUUGGGUAGUGAGUAACCAGUCAUUGAUUGCAACGCUCAUCAUGAACCUCGUCGCGUACUGCCAUGACAUGCGAGACGGCACGCGAGACGGUCUGAGUGGUUCAGCGUAG